GACCUCUCGUUACUUAUCAUUACCUAUGAACCCAUUUCGUCUGGGUCAUCUUCUUACGUGGUGGAUUAUUUUGGUCAUCGCGAGCCCAUUCGAUAUUGCGAAACCGUGCGCGAUCGUUUUUCGCUUUAGCGCAGACCCGACAUUCUCUCGGUCUUGCAGCGUCACGGCCUCCGCAACGUUGCGCCAUUUCGAGCGAUCGGAUCGUCCGUGAGAGCGAGUCGAGGCGAGGGCACAACGACAUCGCAGCCGCGGCAGGGCGGCAGGGCGCCGCCGCCGAUAGCUAUCUCGUAGCGCGGCGGCCGAGCGUGACCGCUCCGCCACCGCCUCACGUCCGUCAGACGAGCGCCGAGCCGUUCGUGUCGUCCUUAUGUCGUAAAUGAAUGGUCGCAGAUCGUAUCGUAAAUCAGAUUCAUGUUUACAGUUUUUGCGGGUCGCAUAUUACCUGUCGCGCCGCCCUUUGUGUAAGGGCAGCGCGAGAGGCCGCGGCUCGCGCUCGGCCGGGACUCGCCUGGCACUCACGAGACAAUCGAGUGAAUUAUGGCUAGGUGCAUAUACACCAUGCACUACACAUAACAUACCUAACGUACGCGCCUACCUAUCUAUAGUGCAGCGAAGGCUGUAACUACGUACCUACUCAAACAAAGCAUUUGCCCACAAAUCCAUAAUACUAACCCAACAUGGCCAGUUUUCGCGUUCUUUGUAAAAUUCGUGCGAAGCUAAUGUAGUGUUUAUAUGCGAAAAGUAAUUAGCGAGUUUAAAAACAUCUGUGUUUGUCAAUUGUUGUAUAAAAGUGUGCAUUUUGAGGUUAGGCCGUGAUUUACGCCAUCAGUAUGUGCUAAGAGUGUAGUGGACUAUAAUGUAAGGCGACGAAACAUUCGAGUUUUAUUGAUUCGCCGUUUCCUAAGUCGAGUUUUAGAAACGAAAUGUGUUUGAUGGGUCAAAAGUAUACAGACAAAAAAAGUACCUAAUCUCUCAGUGCACAAUCGUACAAUUUAUUACAUUCAAUAAUUUCAAGUUUUUUUUUAUUAAAGUACUUGUAAUAAGUGUUUAAAGUGGUAUCAGAGUGUUUUUUGUGGUGUGGCAAGUUGAAGCCCCUUGCGGUCCAUGUGAGCAAGAUCGACCCUAUGUUCAGGGAGGAGGGCGAGGAGAAACCGAAGGCGGCGGAGAGCCAGGACGACGGGUACGAGACGAGCAACAGUGGCGAGGCGGCGCGCCGCAAGCCCUCGAGCGCGGAGGGCUCGCCCGCGCCGCCCCCCGCGCGCUCCCCUCCCGCCGAGCCCGCCUACGAGCCGCUGCUGCAGCGCCCCUUCCCCUCGCCGUAUCGACACUUCGAGCCGCCGCCCGCACCUCCGCCUCCCGCGCCGCCCCCUGCGCCCGCGCACGAGCCUGAACCCUACCAGCACUUCCCUUUUCCCAAGUACCCGCAGGACCCCUACGCCUUCAAGCGUGAGCCCGACGCACCCUACGACAUGAGUCAGCACCACCACCACCAGUCGCUGCAGCAUCAGCAGCACCACAACCAGUACGCACCGCCUAAACGCGACGACGACCUCUACAAUGGGGUCAAGCGCGAAUGCGACGACCCCUAUUCCUUCGUCGAGGAGGAGGCGAUGUGCGCAAUGCUCGGCCAGCAACACCACAUGCCGCCACACAUGCAGCACCAUGACCAGCAUCAGCAUCCGCACAUGCAGAUGCAUCCGCAGCAGAUGAUGCUAAAUCAACCCAAGAAAAGAGGGCGAAAGAAAAAAAUUAAAGACGAAAAUGGCAUGGAGAUCAAAGUCGAGGGCGUGCUGGACGGCGGGCUGGCCGUGCGGCCCGUCAAGGAGCGCAAGAAGCACGACCGGUUCAACGGCAUGAGCGAAGAGGAGGUGUCGCGCCGCACGCUGCCCGACCACCUCGCUGAGAACCUCGACAUCAUCAUUAUCGGCAUCAACCCGGGCCUGUUCGCGGCCUACAAGGGGCACCACUACGCGGGCCCCGGGAACCACUUCUGGAAGUGCCUCUACCUGUCCGGCCUCACGCGCGAGCAGAUGAGUGCGGACGAGGACUACAAGUUGCUGAACUUCGGUAUAGGUUUCACGAACAUGGUGUCGCGACCCACCAAGGGCUCGGCGGACCUCACGCGGAGAGAGAUCAAGGAGGGUUCCGCCAUUUUAUUGGAGAAGCUCCAGACCUUCCGGCCGAAGGUGGCCGUUUUUAACGGGAAACUCAUAUACGAAGUCUUCUCGGGGAAAAAAGAUUUUUGUUUUGGCAAACAACCCGACACCAUCGCCGGGACUAACACGUACAUGUGGGUGAUGCCGUCGUCGUCGGCGCGCUGCGCGCAGCUGCCCCGCGCGGCCGACAAGGUCCCGUUCUACGCGGCGCUCAAGAAGUUCCGCGACUACCUCAACGGGCUCGUGGCGCACGUGGACGAGGCCGAGCUCGUGUUCCCCGACAACACGUCGCGCCGCCCGCACGAGGAGAUGGAGAUCCGCAGCGAGUCCUCUUCCAGGCUGACGAUGGAGCCCGAGCCGGGCGACACCAUCAUCCUCGAGGACGGCACGGAGGUCCCGCUCAAGAAGAAGAGGGGGAGGCCCAAGAAGGUGAAGCUGGAGAACGGGGAGACCGUGCCGCCCGUGCCCCGCGCGCCGCGGCAGCCGCGCCCCCCGCCCGCGCUCGACCCCACGGGGGACAACCCGCCCAAGAAGAAGAGGGGGCGGCCCAAGAAGAUACGCCCCGAGGAGCAGCAGUUCCUGUUGCAGCAGCAGCAGCAACAACAGCAGCAGCAACAACAACAGCAGCAGCAGCAGCAGCAACAGCAACAACAGACGAACUCGAUGCUUCAACCGCAGUUGUCGUCGAUGUCGCAACUCCCACACGAACAGUUUCUGCAUUCGUCAGGUGGGGACUUCCCCCCACAAAUGUCGUCCCCCCUGGGCGGUGGCGUCAUGUACGGUGUGCAGCACCAGCAGCAGAUUUCGGACGGCUCGCCGUACUACCAACCUAAUAAUUCAGCAGUCGACGGCUUCCGAGCGACUUCGGACAUCAGUUUCGGUUCGAGUUCCUUCGAAGACCGAUACGGCCGCGAAGUAGGCUCUAGAACGAAUAUAAGCGCUAGUCCGUCGCCAGGGAGCGGCCUGGAGUCCCCGCUGGAGGUGGGCGGAGCGCUGCUGUCGCGCGGCUACGCGUCGCCCGGCGGCUACGCGGCCUCCCCGCGCCACUACGCCUCGCCGCGCUCGCAGCCCUACUCGCCCGGCCCGCAGCGCCUGGCCGCCACGCCGCAGCCGCAGCAGCAGUUCCCGGCCAGCCCCGCCGCCUUCUCCGCGCCCUCCCCGCCGCGCGCCGGCUACGGCUCGCCCGGCGUCGCCGCGUCCCGGGGCUUCGCCGCGCGCUCGCCGCUCUAUGCCAGCAGCCCCGCCGCCUACCGCCAGCAGCCCAGCCCCGCCGCGCAGCCGCAGCCGCGCUUCAGCCACGAGCCGCUGCCCUUCGCGAGGGACGCCGCGCAGGGGGGCUCGACGGGCGGCUUCGCGCGCUCGCCCGCGCCGGCCGGCGGCGGCGUGGGGGGCGGCUCCAGCACGCCCUUCCCCGCCGCGUCCCCCGCGGGCGCCGCGCUGCACUCGUACACGCCGUCGCCCGCGCACACGCCGUACAGCCACCACUCGUCGCCCGCGCCGGCGCCGCUCACGCCCGCCUACUCGGACGCGCACCACUUCGCGCCGCAGGGCGGCACGAGCGGCUCGAGCGGCGGCGCGUACGGCGCCGAGCUGUCCAGCGAGAUCGGCGCCGCCAUCUCGUCGCCGGGGCCCGUGUCGCCCGGCAUGGCGGCGCUGGACUUCGAGCCGCCGCGCGACGACAACAGCCCCAUGGGCAGCACCGACAUGCAUCCCGGCAGCAACAGCAACUCCUCGCUCUCCGACUACAACAAGCAGCAAAGCAAUCCAGGCGGCGCGGAGCUGUCUCCGGGCGUGUCCGUGGGCGCGGGCGUGGGCGUGGGCGUAUCCGUGGGCGCCAGCCCCUUCGGCUCAACGCUCUACGACGGAGAGGCGCGUCUGCAGUCCGAUUACUACGCGCAGGAACAAGGCAACGGUGUAGGAGACAGUCCCCGGUUAGACCAGCUACAUCAGCAUCCCUCCAUGUAUCCUAGCAAUUUUAAUAGGUCGACGCCGACGGGCGACAGCGACGCGGGCUUCGCGCGCACCGCCUUCCGCGGCGACCACCACCCGCCGCCCGCCGGUUCGCCGAGCGAGUACGGCAGCGCCGGCGGCGGAGAGUCCGGGCCCGGCACGCCCAAGAGCAAGUCGCAGGACGUGGCGUCCAAGUCGCUGUCGGGGCUGGAGUCGCUCGUGGACCAGAUCCCGUCCAUCGCGGACGGGCCCAGCGCGGGCGCGGCGGCCGAGCAGGGCGCGCCGCCCGUGCCCGCGCUGCCCGACUACGCGCCCGCGCUGUACCCGCCCUACCCGGCCUACGGCGCGCCCGCCUACGGGAACAACGGCUACGGCGGGCCGUUCGUGGGCUACGGCGGCGGCUGGGGCACGCAGCUCAUGCGGCCGGCGCCCGGCUACCUGCCCGACUGGCAGUACGGCUACGCGCCCGGCGUGCCGCCCGCCUACGCGCCCUACAACUCGCCCUACUACAACGGCUACGCGGGCCCGCCGCCGGCGCACCACCAGCAGGCGCACUACCUGUCGGCGCCGCCGCUCAUCGACCUGCACAAGAACGGCGAGCACGCGGGCGGGGUGCCGCCCGUGCCGUCGGUGCCGUCCGUGCCGUCCGUCGGCUUCGGCGGCUUCUGUUAGUGCCGCGCCCGCCGAACUGAAUCUCGCCUCGCCCCGGACCGGCGGCGGAUCGGUCGUCGUCGUUUUGUGAAGCGAUCGUUAGUGAUGUAAUUUAAUCUUUUUCAAACUGAUGAGCUUAAUUUUUAGGAUUUAUUUGUAAAUAUUGUAUGUAUUUAUUUCGAUCCAUCACACUCUCAACUCGAUCGGUCGCCUCGCUCGCGAGGGUCGCGCGGGCUCGGGGGGGGCGCGUGUCGUACUUAAUUUAUUCGGAAUGUCUGUGAUCUUCGGUGUCGUUCGGUCGUGGAACUGGUUCGAAACGGGCGAAACCUUUACGUUUUCGAAGCAAAUUAUAUAUUUUCGGAAGGUCGAGCCUCGGAAGAAAAAAGUCUUGCCAAUGAAAUGUUUCGCGUUCUAGUCAGUUACUAAUUCGUGUCGGCUAGUCAAAUUGUAGAGUGCCCGCCCCGCCCGCGCGAGCGAGCCGUGCGAUAAAAAUAUUUUUAUCUAAGUCACAAGAGCGGCCUAUGAGAUAUGUAAUGUAUACUUUUAUUUAGGUUUAGUUACACGUUACGUGGAGUCGGUUACGCUAUUUACGAAUCGAUUUAAGCAUUUUUACACAUAAUAAACUUAAUAUGUACUUAUUUGCCGUCGUUCGCGACGCUCAUGUUACCGAAUCAGUUACAUAGCUUCGGAUCGCUAGUGACUAGCAUAAUUUUACAUUGUAUCGUAAUCUAUAUUUUAUGAAUCGUGCGCCAUCUCACACCAGGGCUCCUCGUUGGACGGGUUGCCGGUUACGCCCUCUAGUUUUAAUUUUACGUUUGUAAUGCAUAAUAUUUACGUCGGGUGCUGAGGGGUUCGUUUGUUUCGUCGUCGAGGAGAUUGCCAUUCGCGCCGAGCUCGUACGAGUGCAGUACGGCUCGGGUGUCGCUUUACGGUUAGAUGUUUUAAGUCUUUAGUAUGUUGUUGAAGUUUUUGUUUCGGUUUCGUCGGCGACGCCCGACUCGGUCGGCCUCGGCGGGCGGCGUCGCCGGACGCGAACCUGUUCUACUAAAUUCUCUUAUCAAAGUUAUUUUUUGCACAAACGAAUAAAUAAAAUUAAUGUAAGGUGAAAACGAAAUAACAUACGUAAGAAAGACAUAUACGUUAAUGAUAGGUUUACUCGAAAGAAUUUAUAUAUACUAUAGUGAUGUUCGGGAAGCGGUCGCGGCGGCCCGGCCGUCGAUCUGUCGCUGCGUUAGAUAGCUAAAUGAUACGUUGAACACUUUCGUUUGCACAAAUUGUCUUUUCAUUUUUAAAUAAAUUUGUAAAUAAAUAUAUAUAAAUCGAAUACGUUUCCCUACUCAGCCGGUGGCGUCGAACGAUUGCGCCGUUCGUCGCGUAUCGUUGCACUGUUUUAAUGCGUUAUUUUUUUAUUAUUUAUUAUUAUUGUGUCAAUCAGAAAAGAAAAUUUGAUAAGUUUAUAAAUGAAAUCAACAGGGUAUUUAAGAUUGCUUAAGAAAUAUUAUUUUAUAUUUAUUAUGAUUUUUUACGCGUCUUUUCGCUCGCGUCGUUGUGUUAAUGUUACUUAACUGUACUGAUAUUGUUUAUUGACACGACUUGUUAGCUUCGCCUUAACACUCGCGCGUCGACACUUCGUCCUUCAUUUUAUUCUUUAAUGAACCUGCUCACUUUAUUGAAUUAAUCUUAAAAUAUUUUAUAAAAUAAUAUGAAGUGCAAUAGUGAGAUGGUGAAUGUUAAGAUGGAGUCCGUUGGUCGGGCCUUUACGCGCUCGUCCGGCGCCGCCCGUGCGUGCGCGGUCUCGGCGGCGGAAUUGAGGAGCGUCUUAGAAGUUCCAGCGUAAAAGUUCGCAUCAACGAUAAUAUUUUGCCUUUGUACAUAAUGAGUGCUUUAUUACGCUUUUUGAUAUUACUAUAUUUUUAUUUAAAAUCUACGAUACUAUUAUAUUUUUGCUUUUGUACAAUACAUUUUAUACUCUGUAUGAAUAUCGCCGGCGCUCAGGUCGCGCCGCGACCGCCGCCCGCUCGACGCGCUCGGCGGUCCGUUCGAUCGACUCCCACUUCGAACCGCACACAUUUUAUAGAAAUAAGAGUACGAUGACAACUUCCACCGGUUUGAAGUGAUGUCCCCACGCGGGCCCGGCGCGACCUCCCGCCGCGACAGGCCUACUCGUCGGUCGGUCCUCCCCGAGUCGCGUUAUCGUCGGCGGGGCCGCUCGCACCGGCCGACGGACGAUCCGUAGUCGUUAGUGUAAGUCUCUAUCAACGAGUUAGUGUUAGUGCGGGGGCCCCCCCCGCGGCGUCGGCGGCGCCCAGUGCGAUGCAUUGCGUCGCUCGACUAUUUGUACAGUAUGUAUAUUUUUGUAAAAUUCAUUCUAACUUGUGGCAAUAUUAUAAAAUUUUAAAAUUUAUCUCUAAUAUUGAUACUUAGUACAAUUGUUGAAUGCGAUUAUUUUGACUCGAUCCGGUAGAUCGUCUCGAUGAUUCGAUAUAGCCACCGGAGCAUCGACGAAGCUAGGACGAACGGAGCGAGGUCGCCCGUUGGCGUCGGUCGAGGGCCAGCUCCCUGCGCCUAGGUAGGUCGUCUAGGUAGUCGUAUGUCGCUAAGUCGACCGCUUGGUUGUGAAUAAAUGUCGCUUGUCGCUCCGCUCCGUCAGCCGCUCAGAUGUCGCAGUAUUGCCGUGCCAAACGCUCGCCGAUGCAGGAGCUCCGAAGCAAUAAUUAUACAAUGUUACGAUUUAUAUCUCGAUUGAAAAGCAAUAAACUCUGUGGGUUACGUUCGAGUUCGUAUCGGAAGUUUGCGUAGCGAAUACUCGGCGUUUCUGAUCUUUAUGUAAUUUUAAAUUCUAAAGGAACACUAGCUGUUCGUUUCGGUUACGGGAUACGUGAUGAUAACGUUUAGUGGUAACAACAGAGUCCCGACAGGUGACGGAGUUCGAAUCUAGCUCAAUUUUAUUGAUACUUAAUUAUUGUAAUUUAUUAUCGUAACUCGACUCGCUUGUUAUUCAUAGUUAAUUAGAUCGAGUCUCUGUAUCGGCUGGUGCCGAUCCUUACCGAUCACCCGCAGACCCAGUCCACUCCACUGUAGGCUACUCGAAUGACUCGCAUUUUACCCACGGUGCUUGUUUCUUAUAGUCGAGGACGCGGCGGCUCUCCCGGCCCGGCAACGUCAUACUUAGUGUAAGGUGCAUCAGUCAUGUGUUACAUUUGAUACAUAUUAGUCAAUUAUUUGCCGUAACCCCCUCCGCCACACCCUCGCCCCCUCGACCCCCCCCUUUCCCUCCGCCGGCCGCGUCCCCGUAACGCGCGUUAAAGUACAAUUUAUCGAUAUACUUUAUCUCUAUUAUUAAUUAAUUAAUUAAUUAUAUAGUAGCUACACUGUUGUCACUGUUGAGCGAUGUCGCGUGUUCUCAUUUGGUCGAGAUCGGUUCGUGUGUCCGUUUAUAUAAUGUUUACGCUAGCGGUAACACAGUUGAUAUGUUUGUACAGUUUUUAACGAACUUCUCGUAGUUAACUAAGCAAGAAUUAUUUUAGUAUAAUAUAAGAUCUAAUCGAAUUACAUUUUAGUGUAAUAUAAUGAAGUACUCGAGGUUUUUUCAAAAUUUCAUUUAAGAUUGUACGGUCCUUGUGAGGUUUUAUUUAAAAUAUAAUAUUAAAUGUCUCAUUGGAAACUGACUCCGUAGAAUGUAAUUAGAAUGUAAACAGGAAAAUUUUAAAUAAUAAAAUACAACAUUAAUAAUAAGUAAUGUAUUAUAAAAAUAGGUGUAAGGUAAAAAGUUAUUAACAUUGUAUGGAAAAAUUGUGACAAAAUUAUAGUCAUUUGUAAUAUUAAA